GAUCAAGGCCAGAUCGAGGCCGGAGCGAGCUCAGAUCAAGACUGGAUCGAAGUCGGAACAAGGCGAAAGCGAGGCCAGAUCGAGACUGAAUCGAGGCCGGAUCAAGGUCGCAUCAAGUCCGGAUCGAGGCCGAUGCUAGGGGCUUUCAAGUCGAGAGCAGGCGUAGUUGCCGAUUUGAGGAAAAGAGUUCGGGCCAGUUUGGAGGCCAUUUCCACGUCGGGCCAAGUCAUCCUCCAACUUGCCGGCCCCAGUUCUCGCGCAUGCACAAGCCGUCCGUUGCCAGAAGCCAAUCCCACUUCCUGUCGUCCCACCCCCGUCCCACCCCCUUCAUUGCAACCGAUCUUCUGCCCGGCUUGUCGCACGUCUCUCUCUCUCUCUUCUCUGCAUGGGCGUCUCCUUUUCACCGGACAACCCUCCUCAAUCAACCCCCUCACCGCGGCUCUGUUGGGGCUCCUCACUUUGUCUCUGUCUGGCAUGGGGGUUUGGUGUGUGUCGGACAGAUCCGGCCCACUCUCCCCAGACGGACAGCAAGCGGUCGUCGGCAGCCGGGCGCAAAUGUGUCCACAUCUGCACACACCUGCACUCCACUCCAGUCGCUUAGACACACGCGCAGCCCGACAAAGGCCUAUUCCACCCAUCGAUACACACCCACACACCCUCUUUUUUCUUACACACCAACUGCCUCGCAGCACAGUUCGAGCCCCGGCUCUGUCUGUCUGUCUGUCUGUCUGUCUGUCUGUCUGUCUGUCUGUCUCUCACCCUCUCGAUCGCCACGCUUCAGUCCUAAUCGAGUUGCUCGAAGUCUCCGUCCGUCACAAUCAUUUGUCCUCGUUGUCGUGGCGCACGCAGACACAGCUGAAGUAUGAAUUCGAGGCCACAGCCCAAUCCCAGUGGCCCUUCGAGCCAGUUCGAGUCUGCCAAUUGGGGCCAGUGGCUGAAACGACUGUCGCGUCGCCGCUCAUCUCAGCUCAGCCAUCUUCACAGCUCCUCCGCGCCCACCGUCAUCAAACUGUC